AUGGUGGCCAAAGUGUUGUUUGCCGUCGCACUGUGUCUAUCGCUCGUGGCCGGAAGUCGUAAUUUGCCGCGUGCUGUAGGUACCGAAACGAAGGGAAACCGAAUCGUCGGAGGGUACGAUGCGAGCGCCGGCCAGUUCCCGCACCAGGUGAGCUUGCGGCGGCCACCAAACUUCCACUUCUGUGGCGGAUCGAUCAUCGGGCCACGCUGGAUCCUGUCGGCGACGCACUGUACCACCGGGAUGUCACCGGCCAACCUGAACGUGUACACCGGAAGCGUGUCGCUCUCGUCCGGUGGCGUCUACUAUCCGACAAUGCGCAUCGUCAAUCAUCCACUGUACGACGCGGCCACCACCGAGAACGACAUCAGUCUGAUCCAGACGGUGAAUCCGAUCGUGUUCAACGCCAACACGCAAUCGAUCGGUCUCGGUUCGUCGUACAUUCUGUCCGCCACGGGGGCCACCAUUUCCGGCUGGGGUCGUUCCAACACGAUGGACAACGAAGUGGCCCAGGUGUUGGACAACAUGCAGUGGUUGACGGUGAACAUUCUCACGAUGGCACAGUGUUACGAGGAGCGCGAAGGAUCGAACAACAUCUUCGACAACGUAAUGUGUGUGUCGAGUCCGGAAGGGCGUGGUGCCUGCUCCGGGGACUCGGGCGGGCCACUAACGUACGACGGUCAGGUGCACGGUAUCGCGUCCUUCGUGCGAGUUCCUUGCGCAACGGCCGUCUCCGACGUGUACGAGCGGGUUUAUUCGCAUCGGUCGUGGAUCACGUCGGUCAUCAUGUAA